AUGGAUCAAAUGGAGGCACCAAUUGUAGAUGUCACCCAUGUUGGUGCUCUAGAGUUUACAGCCAAUGAUGCUGAAUCAGAGUCUUUCAAGCAUUGCGUUGAUGAGAUAUUAGUUCAGGUUGAUAAGCUUGAGCAGAGAGUGAAUGAAGUAGAGCAAUUUUACUCGAGCGCGAGUUUGAAGCAGGGGAAUGCAAGUAAGAGUGGUUCAGGUGUGAAGGAUAAAGAGAAUCAUGUUCCAAGUAUGAAGAAGCAGCAGCACGAGGUUGCAUUGAGGGAGGCAGCUGCUGUAAAGAGAAUGCAAGAACUUAUGCGUCAAUUUGGCACGAUAUUGCGACAAAUUACACAGCACAAGUGGGCGUGGCCCUUUUUGCAACAUGUAGAUGUUAAAGGUCUUGGUUUACAUGAUUACUAUGAGGUCAUUGACAAGCCAAUGGAUUUCAGUACAAUUAAAAAUCAAAUGGAGGCCAAAGAUGGUACUGGAUAUAAAAAUGUUCGGGAGAUAUGUGCAGAUGUGCGGUUAGUUUCUAAAAAUGCGAUGAAGUAUAAUGAGGAGAGAACUGAUGUUCAUGUUAUGGCCAAAACUUUGAUGGCAAAAUUUGUGGAAAAGUGGUUGCAGCUUCUGCCUAAAGUUACUGAAGCGGAAAAGAGGCUAGAAGAGGCAAAAGCACAAUUAAAUAUGCAACUUGCUGAAGAGGCUGCUCAUGCUAAAAUGGCUAGAGACUUGAGCAACGAGCUUUAUGAUGUUGAUAUGCAUUUGGAAGAACUCAGAGAGAUGGUUGUCCAAAACUGCAGGAAAAUGUCAACUGAAGAGAAGAGAAAUCUUGGGGUAGCCCUCCGCAGACUGUCCCCAGAGGAUCUCACCACGGCACUUGAGAUUGUUGCACAGAGUAAUCCAGGAUUUCAAGCUACUGCUGAAGAGGUGGACCUUGAUAUCGACGCUCACACUGAAUCCACCUUGUGGAGGUUAAAUUUUUUUGUGAAGGACACUUUAGAAGUUCAGGCCAAGAGCUCAGCAAGCUUAGGCGCCACCAACAAUGACAACACUAACAACCACAACAGCGGUAACAAACCAAAUAACAUCAAUAACGCCAACAAUAUGAAAAGAGAGAUUUGUAAUGCUAUUGCCAAGACCAAUAAAAAGAAUAAAUAGCCAGCAGAGAUCAUGCCACCCCGUGGGAGUUGCAGCAUGCAAAGUUCAAUUCCAAAGUCUGCUUCUGCUAAUGCUCUCCAUAUUUGCCGGUUUUACUACUAA